GUGCGGACCUAUUGUGCCGACAAAUUGAUGCCAAGGAUUUUGAUGGCCAACAGAAAUGAAAGUUUUGAUCGAAAUAUAAUGUCAGAAAUGGGAAGUUUGGGUCUUUUGGGACCAACUAUUAAGGGCUACGGAUGCGCUAAUGUCUCGACCGUCGCGUACGGACUCAUCGUCAGAGAAGUGGAAAGAGUGGACAGCAGUUAUCGGUCGGCGUAUAGCGUCCAGUCAUCACUUGUUAUGCAUCCCAUCUAUGCUUUUGGUAGUGAAGAGCAAAAAGAUAAAUAUUUGCCACAACUGGCGAAGGGAUCGUUAAUAGGCGCUUUUGGAUUGACUGAACCCAAUCACGGAAGUGAUCCGUCAAGUAUGGAGACGAAGGCUGUCUUUGACUCCGCGUCGAAGACCUAUACGUUGAACGGAACGAAGACAUGGAUAACAAACGCUCCGAUCGCUGAUGUGUUCAUAGUUUGGGCUCAUUUUGAGAACAGAAUUCGAGGCUUUAUUCUGGAGCGAGGAAUGAAAGGUCUGUCGACUCCUAAAAUCAAUGGAAAGUUCUCAUUGAGAGCGUCGGAAACGGGAAUGAUUUGCAUGGAAGACAUUAAAGUGCCUGAAAGUAGUCUUCUUCCCAAAGCCGAUGGCCUGAGGGGUCCGUUUGAAUGUCUGAAUAACGCC